AUGAGACACCGUUCCCAACAAACAGCUUCAGUUUUCCUACGCACCAACUUAGAAAACUCCAUCCCAACUACUUUACAAGCUUUGCGUGAACAGCUCCAGUCCACACCAUUCGAUCAAUUGCCAAACCAAUUAAUGCGUUUUGCAGCUUCUUUGCAAGGUACAAGAGCUUAUUGGAAAAGAUCACGCAAGGAUCUCACUACAAUGAUACACCAAUUGGGAACACCUACAUUAUUCUUCACAUUAAGUGCAGCUGAUACCAAAUGGCCAGAACUACAUAAAUUGUUUCCACCUAACUUGUCUCCAGAAUUCCAAUCCAUGAAGAAGCAAUUUAUACAAAACAUUGUCCACAAUCCACACGUCACAGCAUUGUUUUUGCAUUUUAGAUUGACAAUAUUCCGUGAGGAGAUUAUUGACAAGCUUUUCAAAGCUAAAGACCAUUGGUACAUGUACGAAUGGCAACAUCGUGGGUCCGCACAUAUACAUGGCUUCUUGUGGUUACCAAAUGCUCCUGAUAUGGACAAAAUAGACUGGUCUAACCAUGAAGCUGUCCAAUCAGCUAAGUCCUUUUUUGAUAGGUAUGUCACAGCAUGGAAUCCUCGCAACCAAAUUGGCCAAUCCAACAGACUGCACACUGCUUCACUCUUUGAUCCCUGCAUGGCUAAUACAAACCAAAUUCUAUCUACCGACCCUCUCUCUGACUAUGAGGAACUCGUCAAUGUUGUUCAACGACAUACAAAAUGUUCUGCCCACACUUGCUUAAAAAAAAAAGGCUCAACCCUCCAUUGUCGCUACAAAGCACCUUGGCCCGAGCAAGAUUUUUCAACACUAAUUGUUGAUACUGCCAACAACCCAUCAUAUGAACCAGCAAGAAAUGACAGUCGUUUGAACAUUCACAAUCCAAACAUGCUUGCAAUAUGGCGUGCAAAUAUUGAUUGCCAGCCCAUUUGUUCCAAAAUGGCUGUCAUACAAUAUAUCUCUAAAUAUGCUGCAAAAACAGAACAAAAGUCAGUAGGCUAUGUUGACAUCCUAAAGAAAAUAGUUGCUACAACUAAUACGCAAGAUACCAUCUUGCUAACAUACCAAAAAUUCAUGAUGGGGAUAGUUGCUGAUCGUGACAUCAGCGCACAAGAAACUUGCCAUAUGUUGCAAAAACUCCCAUUGAUAAGUUGUAGCCAACAUUUUGUCUCCCUUAAUGUCAGCAGGAAGGCCCUCCAUCGAAUUGCUGAACAAAAUGACAAUGCUGAACUUUCCAAAUCUUAUAUUUCUGCUUAUAUGGAAAGACCUAUUGAAUUGGAAAGCAUCUCGCUGAUACAAUCAGCAUAA